AUGGAAGGCGACGAUGGUACAGAAGGUGUGCUCACGGACGUUGGGUUCAUGUUUGACGCGUGCUUGGAAAAAGUGACAUGUCGCUAUGAUUACGGCGAAAAUGGAGGCAACGACGUGUCCGUGUUGCUCACGUAUACAAAAGACGAGCCAGGGGCGUUACAAAGUGGUCAUUACGUCUGGCCAGCUGCACCGGCUCUAUGCCAAUACCUCGUGACCCACCAGGAGAUCAUUUCGAAGGAGGUGAUUGAGCACAAUGUGCGGCAACAGGAACGAAGACAAGCCACGUGCUUUACACAGAGUCUACGGUGGGGACCCGAUGGUGUCAAGGAGAUUGAAGCACUAGAGCACGUGCAGACUGGACAGGUGGAUGGGGACAAUGCUCGAGGGACGCAGUUGAUUGUCGCGUCCGACGUGAUCUACGCGCAAGAAGUGGUGGUACUGCUCUUUUGGACGGUCGAUCGACUCUUGUCGAUUGAUGGCGUGUUCCUCAUGUGCUCGAGCUUUCGGUAUGAUGAUGAGACGGAGAACGAGAUUGACACGCAGAGUCUCAAGUGGGGACUCGAGAGAGAGAUUAUCGAGUGUUUACUGGACGAAGGAGGCACGAGGAUUCAGCGUUUUACGCGAAGAAAGUGA